UGCAGGUUUUGUGGUUUAGGUGCGACGUUAUUAUACCUUCAUUGAGCUUGGGGGUUCUCGUUGUUUCUCUCUUAAUUGGCAGCUUUUUCUUCUGGCACGAGAUUCAACACGAACCGGACACUGAACGAAAUUGCAAGUCUUGACCAUGUUGAGUGUGAUGAGAACAAGGUGGACCUUUAGGAACAUAUACACUGUAGCGGCAACAUUGAGCCAUAGAGGCAUGGCAGAGGCUGCUCAGUCCAACUGGGAAAGAUACAGAGCAGAAGGCCAUCAGGCCUUCAUCCUUGGCUACACGGGUGAGGUGGGGAAGGAGCUGAUCAAGGAGCUAGCUGCUGCCAAGUUGUUCAAGAAAGUGGUUCUGAUUGGUCGCCGUCAAGUGGACCUGGAUACUACUGUUGGACCUGAGUUUGAGCAGAAAGUGGUUGACUUUGAGAAACUAGAGGAGCAUAGUGAUGUGUUUGAAGGCCUGGACACAGGGUUCUGUGCUCUGGGAACAACUCGAGGCAAGUCAGGCGUGAAAGGCUUUGUGCGAGUCGACCAUGAUUAUGUGCUGAUUUCUGCUGAAAUUGCCAAGGCAAGGGGCUGUAAGCACUUCAGCCUGGUGUCUUCCCAGGGAGCCAACAAGAACAGCAGCAUGCUGUACACCAGAACCAAGGGUCAGGUAGAGGAGGCACUGAAGGUCAUGCACUUUGACAGGAUCUCCAUAUACAGACCAGGGGUUCUGAUGUGUGACAGAACAGAAGACCGACCGGGAGAGAAAGUAGCCCGCGUGCUGCUCAAGCCGAUCUCUUACCUCUUCCCCACUGCAAUAACAACACCGACUGAAAUCGUUGCCAAAGCCCUUGUAAACAAUGUCGUGGCACCGAGCGAGCGCACGCAGGAACUGUACGAGAACAAGGCAAUUCACCAGCUGUCUGGGACGUCAAAAGCUUGUGGAACGCAAAGCAACCAGGAAUCAUCAAAGAGCAAAUAAAAUCUUGACACUCAACCAUUGAAGCUGAAACUCUGUGAUAAGGCUUAGACUUCAGCUUUUUGUGAAUGAUGCUGUAUUUUAGUGCUCUGCAGGCCAGUUUUACAGAAUGACCCCUGACCUUGUCAGAUGACCCCAGGUCACGCCCUGUCCUGGUACCACAGUUGACUCUGCCCACUCUGGGGGUCAAGUCAUCUCAGGGUUGAAUGACAUGUUGCUCCAGUUUUAUGGCCACAAAACUGUGUAUAGUGACUAGUUCUAUGCAAAAUUGAUGUCUUUAGGAGACAUACUUGAAUGAUGCCAUAAUGAACGUUUAGGUGUAUUAAGGCCUCCCCCCACCCCCCAAUAAAUUAAAUAUAAUUUUCUGGUUUUCCAACAGAUCCUAAUCUAGAGCCGCAGAGGCUAAGCAUUUUUACUUUCAUUUCUUGAGUUUCACUAUUCCAGGAUUGUCUGUAUUUUAUACCACUUUUAAUUUGAAAGCAGAUUAUCAUUUUCCAAAGAAAAAUACUGGUAGGUAUAAAACAAAUAACAAAUGGGAAGCACACAUAUAUGUUUUGGCUUACAUUAUUAUUAUUAUCUCUAAAAGAACGUAUAAAAGAAGAUUGCAAUUUUUGGUGAAGUCUUUUACAGUGACAUUCUUAUCAAAUACAAUGCAUUUCAUACAUUUAGUUUUUCAGCUUGAUGAGAAAAAAUCUAAAAAAGAAGCCUUUUUUUAUUGUAUAAUUAGGAAUUGACUUCAAUAUUUUUUACGUUUAUAAACAUAUUGAAGUUCAUCAUAAAUACAUCAACAACAAUAAUGACUUCAUAGUCUGCUUAUUUAAUCAUUUACAUACAAAAACUGAAGAUAACAGGACACAAGCACUCAAUCAGUGACAUCUAUCAGUGCAAUAAUGCAGCACAAGCCCCUCCCACUUUAUAAUCAGCCAAUCAGGAAACAGUAGUGAGUGGGCGUGGCCUAAUUUUUAAAAAGAUUUGCUUGGUUUGCCAAUCAAAUGCCAAGGAAUCAUUUGCAAUUUAUUCAUAUUCAUGUUACUGGAAUUACACGGUUUUGUUUAGAUAAAGCCUUCUUGUUCAGCUCCAAGAUAAUGUCGUUGACUGUGCAGAGUGACGUCCCAUGGGCACACGAGUGAUUGUGGGUUCGAAUCCUGAUUCACUCCGAUUAUGUUUCUAGGUUUGUCAGCACCAUAUCCAUGGUCAUGGGUUUCACUAAAGUGGUAAACGUCUGAGCUGCAUCACUUGUGGGUUUCCUCCCAUAUCAAACUGACACUCCGCGAUAUAACAGGAAUACUGUUCAGUUAUUAGACCCAACUCACUCACUCGUAGAUAAUGUCAUUUGUUUAUACCUGAGUUGGAAAAUUCAACAACAUCAACAGUUCAGUAUUUUUAUGUACUUUUUAUGUUUUAGUCAACAAAUUAUGAACGUUUGAAGAAUUUGAAACAUUUCAUUCUUAUACAAUAGUUCCUGUGUCAAUGAUAUUUCUGCAUGUAUAGAACAUUACAAAAGUUGAUGAUCUAUUAUUUUUGGCAUAUGGGAACUGAACAUCACAAUGUGUACAUAUUUCACGACAAAUAUAUGUUUAUUAUGUCAUGUUGUUCAUAACUUAUGCAUACAGCAUCCAUGUUAGAAAGUGUUGUUGAUAACUUUGACUUUCAAAAAUAUUGCAGCCUUUUCAUGCUAUCAUGUAUCAAUCUUGCAGGUAAACAUUAUCCUCAUUUCACUGAGAUGAUGUCUCAGGUUAACAUGGCUCUUAUUACACCCUUGAUUAUCAUUAAGAUUUUACUGACCAAUCAAACGUUGACAAAAGGGUAAGGGAGGUAACUCAUAAUACCUAGAAGCCAAAGACGGCGCCAGUUUUUAUGGACAUGAAGACAUCCUUUCCAUCAAAAGAUUUUUAAGGGCUUUCUUUUGCAUGUCAGUCAGCUUUUCAAUGUUGAAUUUCUUGCAAACUCGAUCAUUGUCAGUGGGACUUGCCAUCCCAACUUUGACAUGUUUGAGGCUGGUUUGUAGCUCUGAUUGGUAGGUUAGACCUUGUAGCGUAGCCAAUCAAACUGGUAAAUGGAAAUCAAGGGCGGGUAAUUUGAGAUUGUGAGAACCACGGAAAUAGAUCCAUGGGUUAGUGUAGGUUUAACGAAAUGCUAGCCCUGGAGAUAGAGGAUGGGGUUUUACAUUUUCAACCUAAACCUCGGAGGCCUGUUCUCUUCUACACAUUAAGUAUCAUCCAUGUUACGUUGAGAUUAGGAGAUACUGCUGUAGAGACAUCUAGACUAGCCUUACAAUUUUUCUGCUGUAUGUCAUGCUGCUGAUGUUGUAACCAUGGUAACAGCUUUUUCAAUUUUGCAUGUAUUAUGUAAUGGUUUCAAGCAAUAUAUAUAUGUGCCCAUUGUAUUGGCAUAAACUUGUUUGUUUUUUACGGUUGUCAUUGUUGGUUUAUGUGUAGCAAGUUCUUAUCAGGUAGCACUGUAAAAUGACUGGAAAGAUAUUUAAUGUUGACAAGUGAUGUACAUUUCUUAAUGUGUAUUCAACAUAAGUUAGCCAAUUUGUGAAUGAAGUGUAAUUGUUUAAGGGUUUUUUGUUAAUGUUUUAUUUAGUGAGAUUAUGGAUAGUCAUCAGCUGUGAUUGAGCAUUUAUUGUGUCAUUCAUUGUGUACAUUUAUUUAUGGCUGGGGGUAGGAGGUAGCCUAGUGCUCCCAUCUUCCCGAGGCGAGGGAGUUAACUGACUAUAAAAGUCGAGUUUCCACCUUUGCCUAACUAGGCUGAAAUUAUGGAGUUAUAUCCGUUUCAUUACCAUACAGAUCUUGAUUUUUAAUCAGAUUGUCUUGACUGGGCCCAGCCAUUUUGUUUGAAUCAAAUGCAAGUAAGAGGUGGAAUGUGAUUGGUCAAUAGGAGGGACAUAGAAGGGACAUAACUCAUAAUAGGCACUGGUGGUGCUACAAUUGAGUCCAAAAGUUACAGUCAGUUAACUCCCUUGCCUCGGGACAAUGAGUGCUCCAAGCAUUUGCCUGUCAUGCAAAAGACCAGGGUUGAAUUCCCAACAUUUGUGUCCCCUGCGGUGAUGUUGUUGUAAUAGUGUCAACAGCAGCAGCUUAAAACAAUACUCGCUCAUUUAUGGCUGUGGCUGGCUGAAUGGACAUGCCAUCAUGUGAAUAAAGGGGUGCUUGCUAGGCCUAGUGGUUGAGGUGUAGGCUCUUCAUGAUGAAGACUCCGGUUUGAUUCCCCACAUGGGUUGAAUGUGUGAAGCUCAGUUCUGGUGUGGCUGGGUCAUGAUUUUGCUUGACUAUUGGCAGAAAUGGCAUAAAAACCCGACUUACAUUUGUUUUAACUCUUUGCUCAAAUACAACGCAACAACUCACUCAAACAAGAAGAUCAUUAUUUUGCGUGUUUGCUGUUUACUACGCUCUCAGCAAUAUUCCAGCUAUAUAUGAAAGUGUUCUGUAAAUAAUAAAAUCUGUACCAGAUAAACCAGUGAUUGAUAUCAUGAGCAUCGAUGACAUGCAUCAACCAAGUCAGCGAACCUGACCACCAGAUCCCGUUAGUCGCCGCUUACGACAGGCGUAGUCACCUUUUACGGCAAGCAUUGGUUGCUGAAGGCCUAUUCUAACCCAUAUCUUCUCGGUUAUGGAAGACAAUCAAAUGUGUCCUAUUUAGAGCUGGUUAUUGUUUAAUUAUUUUAAUCAAGUUGACACAAAAUCUGAUCAUAAAUGAAAUUGGGAUCAGGUGAUUGAAAUAUGCCACUGUGCCCAAAAGACAGGCUGUGCCAAAGACAUUUGAGUCAUUGGACUAUUAUUCGGUGAUCUUACUGAACUGAAAAAUAUUCUGGUAGACCGAGUCUAACAUUGAAGACUAAAAGUAUUUAUCAUUGCUCAUGGUAUCGAUCACUAGUUAGAUCACUGCCU